UUAGUGCUGUGAUUGGUUAUCCAAAAUAGGAAAAGUGGAAAUUUCCGACAUCUUCCUUUUCUUUUGACGUGUAAUUAAGGUCGUAUUUACGUUAAUCUGUGUUUGAUAAUAAUUAAUACGAGGGAUUGGAUUGUUCAAGUCUUUAGUCAUCAACAGGAGAACGCGCGGAACCAGCGCAAUUAAAGCUAAACUGUGCCUUUGAUUUCUGCUAUAUACUCUCAAGUCACAGCCAAUGUCAUGACUCGGUAGAAAACAUUACUGAAAGAGCUGAAAAUGGAGAAUGGUGUAGUGGGUGUCAAAGUUAUGACCGAUGAGCAAAUGGAGAUGCUCAGGAAACAGAUAUCUGUCUAUGCUACUAUUUGUGAGAAUCUUGUUCAGAUGCACCAAGCCAUCUGUUCUCAACAAGAUUUUACUGGGAUUCAGGUGGCCAAUCUGUACGGAUACAGUGGUCCGUAUAUAUCAAAUGGUUUGCAGAGAAUCCCUUCGAGGCAGAGAUGGGCGCCGAAAGCAGCACAGCUUCAAAUCCUCGAGAGUAUUUUUGGUGACUGCAAUACAACUCCUGAUAGGCAGAAGAUAAGGGAAAUUACGAGUGAACUUGCAAAACAUGGUCCAGUUUCUGAAACAAAUGUGUAUAAUUGGUUUCAGAACAGGAGAGCACGUUCCAAGAGAAAGCAAGCAGCUUUACCGACGCUAACAAACACCGGAGAAUCUCAAGCUGAGCCUGCUGAAGACAAGAACACUAAUCAGGAUGACACAAUUGCACAAAUGGACGAAAGUUUAGAAUUUAUGGUCAAUGAUAUGUACUUCCAGAAUCCGGAGAUACAAGGGAUUGAGCAGUUGAUUGGCCGACCGGAAGUCACAAUCAACUAUAAACCUCACUGGCCGGACUUGUUUGGAUGAUGAUUACUAAUUGUUAUGGUGGUUUUGGUAGGAAAAAUGAUUAUUAUUACAGAAAAAAGAUAGAACUAAAGGUAACAUUGAAAUAUUUCAGACAGAGACCAAUAUUUAGAUCUGUAGGUUUCUCAGGCUCUGAAUCUUUUUGUUUUAUGAGUCUGGGCACCUGAAUAUAUUUGAUUGUUCCAUGUAUGACAUUUUAUAAUAUUUUAAUUCCAAUUAAUUAGCUUUCUUAGAAUGCUUUAGUUGAUUA